AGCCCAGUGCUCGGCCGCGCUGGGGCAGAGGAGGAAGCGGAGCCCCGCACCCAGCUCCGUGGGGCAGGACGAGGGAAGGGGCCGGGGCAGCCCUGGCUCUGCGGCCGGUGUGAAGCGCGGUUGUGUUUGCUGUGCCCAGGCUGCGGUGCACACUGAGCAGGUUCGUGUGUGCCCCUGCUCCUGGGCUUUGCCGGUGCCCCGCGGCGCCAGGAAGAGAUGUUUUCCCCUCCUGUCGCUACAGGUGUCCGGGUUUCCUCACCUUCCCCGCGAGCACUGGGUGGGGCUGCCCCCAAGGCGAGGUUGGUGCCGGGGGUGCCAGUGCUGCAGCGAGGGCUAAAGCCUCGGCCUUCCUGGGGAGAGGUCUGCCCUCCAUUCAGGGUCAGACUCAUCCUGCAUUUGGGCUCAGAAGAGCUUUUACAACGUGGCCAGACGGGGAUGGACUGAGGGCAUUUUGCUGCCGUCUCGAGGGAAGGGCAGAGCUCUCUUCCUUGGAUCUCUUGAGGCUAACAAUGGAGUAGAGACAUGCUGCCCCGCCUGCCUGAUACGUCCGUCCACACCGACCCAGCACCUGCAGGACGUGUCUGCCCUCACCCGGGUCUGCACGGCAGAGCUCGUGAAGAAAUGGGAUUCCUACAGCACAAAACCGCCAUGAUUUCCUGCUCCGCACUCAGGGUGACGGUUUAAAAUUUUAAACACUUUUGUGAAGGCAAACAUCAGUUGGCAAAGAGGAAAUAAUGAAUAUUUGCAACAAUUCAUUUUGAUUUUAACCAUUUUCAGUUUGUUUUUAGAUGAUAAGGCACCGCAUUUCUACAUGAACAGCUAGUCUGAACAACCGCCACCAAAACCAGUUAGAAACAUUUCAUCCUUGUGCUGUUGAAAAGGGACGUUUCAGCUUUUUAAAGUCACUUUCUUUCUUAAAAAACAAAACUAAAAAACAACGAACAACACCACAUUCCUGCAAAAGGUUUUGGUCUUUUCAAAUCAACGUUUCCAGUCAGCUUCACUUGGGAAAUCCCAGCUCUUAGUUUUCAUUCUUUUUGUCUUUUUUGCUUGCUGAAAAACCAUGAAAAGAAGAAAAACCACAACUCUGGAUUUCUACCUGAAAUCUCUGGGCCCGUCUCGGACUCAGGGUUGUAAAGCCAGCAGUGCUAACGUUGUGUGGGACCCCUGCCCCCCUAAAAGGAGCGCAAGGCACCCCGGGGUGCUGGGAAACCCCGAGAAUCGCUGGUCUAGGGACAAGCGGAUGACGGGAUGACACAAGAGCAUUUUUUGAGUAUAAGUAAAGCUGCCGUGAAGAAAGUGGAGAAAAAACCGCUGCCCUUCCCCACACAAGGCAGGACACGCGGCAGCGGCUUCACGCUGCAGCCAAGGAGAUCUCGAGUCAUUCUCCAAAGAAACCCUUCCCGAGUGCUAGAGCAGCAGUGCAACACGCUGCCUAGGGAAGUCGUGGCACCUCCUUCGCUGCAGGUUGUCAAGGAAGAGUCUGGAGCGGGAUCUCGCUGGGACAGCUGAGGAAGAGCAAAUCUUGCAUCUGCGCAGGGGGCAGACUGGACGACCCUGGAGGUCCCUUGGGAGCCUGCGCUUCCCUGGUGUCAACACCUGUCACCGGAGCAGGGGAGCGUCUGCCAGCUCUGUGUGCUGCACCCACGGGCGGCGGAGGGCCAGGACUAAGGGGGCUUAGCCCCCGCAAGCGUUUGGCAGCGGCCAGCGACAGCAGCGCCACAGCGCCGGCCGCCCGCAGCACCUGGUGCCGCUCCUCCGCCGCCACGUGCAGCAACAGUGCACACUGGCCGUGCAAUGGCACUACUGGAGGGAGCGAGGGUGGGCAAGUGGGGCUCGGCCUCCCCAAAUAAUAGUUUCCGCCACCCUUAAGUCUGGGCCCACCUUCCCUGGUGAGACGCUUUGCUCGGAUACCUGGUCCCCACUCUCCGGCCACGCUGAAGGAAAAGGCGGUGCAGCAGGGACAGAGAAUCGGAUUUAGUCUGAGUUCCCCUGGGAUUCCCUCAAAUAAAGAGAAGUGAUCUGACUCGAGGUGCUACAUUUCUUUACAUAGCUUAUGGUCACGCUGGAGUGAUGCUGUAGAUGCGGUCCAUGCCGCCAUGAUCUCCAAGUAAGCCAUCUCUAAAACCAUACUCCUGUACUCUGGGCUGCUUACUUCCCCCCCGGCCCUGCGCCAGCUGCUGUCUUCAGCUGAGAACAGCCCUUUAUUCUGACAGCCGAGGUACAGACGCCUUGUCCUCCUUCUCCGUGACUAGAGCCCACUUCCCAAGAGAAGAGGGAGCUGCACCUUCGGUUUUCUCUGUAGCAUCCCUGUAGGAUGCCGUUUUGUUUCCUUGUAUGCCCUUUGCUAGCUGGCUCUUCAUCUGUGCCUUGGUCUUAAUGCUCUUCUCCCUGCGCACCUGUGCCUUACUCCAGUGUCCAUGCUGGGCAACACGGCCAAGUCCCCACUUCUCCGAUGCUGUUUUUUCCCUCAGUCAGGCCGGGGGCCUUCUCUUCUCAAAGCCGAGGGUCUCCGUCCCCUUGCCCAUCUUUGUCGGGCGUCCUUUGCCUUGCCGGUGCCCUGCUCUGGCUCUGGGACCUCGGGCCCGACUUGGUGACAGCCGCACACUCCCUGCCACGUGGUGCCCAUCCCUUGUCCGCACUGGUGCCCGGAGGCUGGCAUGUUUUUAACCAAUGGUUUGUUUCAUACCUGGAGGGCAUCUUCUCUCUCCCUCCGCCCGGGGCGGGAUGCGGGGCUGCGGCGGGGGUGCCCGUGGCGGGGCCGGGGCACCCGCGCACUCCUCGGCGGCGGCCACAGCCCCCUGCGCACGUGGGAGGGGAGCACGCCGGGCUCGGGGGGCUCCCCUCUCCGGGCUCGGCCUCCCCGCAUGCCCAGCCUGCGGCUCCCGCUGGCCCUGCACGCAGAGCCCGAGCAGGGCGCUCCCCGGGCCCGGGCCUGCCCAGCCAGGCAGCGGCCCUUGGCGGCCAGGGGGGCUGCGCCCCGUCCCCGCGGGGCUGCGCGGCCGGCUGCACCCCAUCCCCGCCGGGGCUGUGGGUCCCGCUGUGGCCUGGGGCACCUGCUCCCCGCCUGGUGCCAGCUUGCUAGGACUGUAAGACAGUGAAGCGCAUUAAUGAGUGCUGCUAGUAUUCAAUACGCAGCGCGUCCUGCCGCGCACCCCUCCGCCCCAGGUCUGCUUUUGUGGCAUGCGGCACUGCAGCACCGCGCAGGGCAGACAAUGCGGGGUUGCGGCACUCUGGCCAAAAAGCGUUGGCUACCCCUGGUCUAGGGUCUAGAUCACACACGGUGCCUUUGCUUUUCUCUCUCCCCCUUGGCCCACAAAGGAUUGUCCCUUCAGGGGGAGCGCCGAGGCAGGCUGCUAAGCCCACAGGGGCCGGGAUGGUCUGACGAUGCCCCGGUGCUUCAGAGGACAGCAAAACCCCCCAGAAAGAAGCGAUUUCCAUCGAUGAUUGGGGGACAAUUCCUUCCUGGCCCCAAAUGGCAACCGGCAAAAGCCCUGAGGCAAAAUGCCCCCCACAGCCCACUGAGCGGUUGCUCCAUCGCGCUGAGGACACAGAGCCGGAGAAGCCUCAUGACAGCACCUGUCCAGGAAGGGCAGUGGUGCCCGAUCCUGCAGGUUGUGACGAGCCAGGAGUGGGCACCUGGCCAGUGCCUUUCUCUCGGGGGUGGUUUGUUCCUGUGUAAAGCCCGGAGCGAGGAAACGGAGCCGUGCCCGGCCGAGCGGCCGCACCGAAGGCACCUGGACCUGGGGUUUCACCUCUUUUCAAGCAGCACAGGAUUGAAGCACAAACCCGGAUCGCUCCCAACACCUGAGGAUUCAUUCUGUUGUUGAAAUCACAGUCCAGAGGCACAAGUAUUUUGUGCAAUUUCAAAUUGCCAUCUUCUUUCUUUUAGUGAUCGACACGCACCGUGUAGAGAGCGAUGGGAGACCCGGGGUCGGGGAGGACUUCGCUCUUUGCUCUCUCACCCAGCAGGGAGCAGGUAAGGAUGAGGUCCUUCGGCAGUGCCGCCAGAGGCUGCGGCAGCGGGAGGUCUGGGAGGGGAGCGAGGGGCUCUUCUGCCUCCAGGCUUGUGGCUGCGUUUGGAGAGAAGUGCAGAACGGAGACGGAGCUGACAAGACCUGCCUUGGGAGCGAGGGGCUGCGUAAUGCUCCCUGCCAGCGCUGUGUGUAGGAGGCAGGAGCCGGGCGGGCUCUGGGGCCAUCCCCUGCCCAGGCCGUGGUAAGAAAUGUUUGCGCUCUAACCUUGUGUGUCUUUUAUCGCCUCUUCAGGCCAGCUUUUCCUGCACAGGUGUUGCAGGGCUUCAAAACCGGGCCCGGGUUGCCGUCCCUGCCAGGAUGGCUGGAGUGCGGUGCACAGCCAGUGUGGAUUAAAACACGGGUUCCUCUUACAUUAGAUCUAGCGGCACGGUUUUUGCUGGUGCAGAGCAGGGCAGUCGGCUGUCCUGGGUCACGAAAGGCAUGGAAACAAGGUCCAGGGAGAAGGCAAGAGCAGUCCAGAGGUGGAAAAAACGUGCCGGAGGGCGAUUAGAGUUUCCUUUAAUGGCAGAAAAGGGCCUGAAGGGAAGGUGUGGGGGGACAGGACUCCUGGAGUGGACAAAAAGAGGGGGAAAGGGGUAGGAGGGAGGAGAGGUGCAGAGUUGUUACAGGGGAAGAGCGUAUACGAAGAGAUAGCUUCAAAGAGGAUGCUCUAGUCCCUUGCAGGGGCAGGCGUCAUCGCCUGGCGAAGGCAGCGACCGUGGAUCCCGGCGGCGAGGGACGUUCCCCAGAGGCGAGGCAGGCGGCCUCAGUACCGGAGCUGGAGGAGGAGUGCGCGGCAUCCCGAGGGCCUUUGAGCGCCCGCCCAGCAGCGCUCCAUCCCCCGGGCAGGAUGGACAGGCUGAGGUGGGUGCUGAGCAGGAGGACCACCAAGGUGUGCUUCGUGCCAGCAGAUCACAGCGGGGGGCCUGGGCAGGAACAUCUGGGCCCCCCCCGGCCAUGAAGAGGAGGGGCCCAUCAAGGCGAGGACGUGGCUGUGCCCCGUGUGCUGGCGUAAAAAAACCAGCACGUGCCAGCACCAAAGAAGAGCAUUUGCAGCAGCCCACCACCUCCAGGUGCAAGUGGAGGUGGCCCUGGGUGCGCCUGGGCAGGCGGGAGCCCGGAGAGGAGCGCCGGGCACAAGAGCCGUGCAGCCCCCCGCCCGUGGCAUGGAGCAGCCUGGAGCCCGGCCCUGCGGCCCCCCGGCAGGAGGCAGCCCCUGCAGAGGCGCGGAGGAGGGCCCAGCCUCCCUGGGGCAGGACCUGAGCCUGUCCUACACCAGCCCCAGCCCCAGCCUGAGCUGCAGCUCCUCCUCCGCGGACCCACACGGCUCCCUGGGGUCCACGAGCCCCCCAGCCCCUGGUGCCAGCUGCACCAUCCCAGUCCGGCCACAAAGAAGAUGCAGGACGAGGAAGACCAGGAGAGGGAAGAUCAGGAGACCCUGGAGGAAGCUGCGCUCAGUGUCACCCAGCGCCUCCAGGACCGCGGGAAGGAGCUGAUGGAGGAUGUCUCCAGGGAGGAAGAUCAAGCAAAUGCCACCCCAGACAUCAUAGCUGCCAUCCGGUGCCUCAGCAACCGGGAGAUGUGCCUGGCCCCCUUCCUGCAGUCGCGCCUCCUCCGAGCUGCAGCUUGCAAAACUUUUGAGGCCGUAGAGCACGACGACAUCAGCAACCUGAGGAUGCACAUAGGCAACCUGGAGGGCCUGCUGUGGUGCCUGCUGUCCAGCGCCCCCAGUCUGGACAGGCUGAAUUUCUUGUGGGAGCAAUUCACCUUCUGGAUGGAGGCGGUGGAUGCCCAGCACCGAGCCCUGGGCAUGAGGGCAAGCACCACCCUCAUGUCCUUUGCUGCCCUCCUGCUCCCACAAUUUGAGGCUGAGACAUGCGAGGGGCAGACGAGAUGUUGGGCGAGUGCCAACUGGAGCGGAGCCUGGUCCAGUGCUACAGGGACCUGGCGAGAGUUGGAGAGGUGCUGGGAAAGAUCUUGUCCGAGGAACAAAAGAGAUCGUUCCUGCAGCGGACCAUUCUGGCAAUUCAGCAUGGGCGGAUGCACAUCAAGAGAGCUGCACUGGUUUUCCUCUACGCCAUCCUGGGGGAUAUCAGCCUCCUGAUCGGGGACAAGGUCAGCAGCCACCUUGUGUGCAGGGGACUGAGAAAGGGCCCCUCGCCUCUGCGCCACGGCUUGUCUCUCUCCUGCAUUGCAAGGAGCAGAGAGAGGUCAUUAGCCAUGGCAGUGUGAGCUUUAGCACAAGCCAAGGUUGAUUUGCACCAUAUAGAUGAACUGAAUCUGUGAGAUAUGUAUAUAAAGCUCAAGAUAACGGUGACCCGCAGGUCACGUCAGCAGAGGCUGAAGCCUGCACCUGUCUAUAAGUUGCAGCUCUCCCCUGACUUGUGUGGACACUGGCCUCCAGGCUAACGGGAAGCGUGCCAAGUGCCUACACACAAUCUCUACACACACACGCUUACCAAAACUGAAAAAUCUGUCCUUUCUAAAGGCCUAAAUUUCUGUCCAGAAAAAUACCCUAAUAAAAUACUUCAAUGUGGAGAGCUAGAAGAAUUCUUCCGACGCCUGCGCCUCAAAGAAUAUUUCCACAACCGAACUGAACCCACUCCCUACAGCAACUCAUCCUCUGACAACAUUCAGGAAAGGAUCAAUGCCAAAAAGCCCAAAAAAACAUCAGAUUGGACACCUCGCAGUGGACGAAACCCUAACCUUGACCGCUACAUUGACUGCUUCAGGGAAAGAAUGAAGAAUGAAAUAAUCAGCAACGCGCCACCACAACAGCCUCUUUCCACUAGAGAAAAAGGCCACAGAAUCUCUAAGAUCCGACCACCAAACAGUAAUAAAACCAGCAGAUAAAGGAGGAGCCAUAGUCAUCCUAAACCGUGAGGAUUACAUAAAGGAAGCCAAGAGACACCACCUACUACAAAGAACUACAAGAAGUUCCUACUCCCCUUUUCACCAAGAAACAACAAUACCAUCAAAUCAUUUCCAUCAAGACUACAAGAAAAACUACAGACCUUCAUCCCUCCGCUACCUACCCGGGGACUUAUUACAUGCUCCCUAAAAUCCACAAACAAGGGAACCCUGGCAGACCUAUCAUAUCCAACCAUGGGACCCCAACUGAGGAAAUAUCAGGUUUUGUUAAAUCAAUCCUAAAACCGCUUGUCACCCACAGAGCAAGUUUUGUCCAAGACACUACAGACUUUCUACAGAAACUUAAAAACAUAGACCACCUUCCCAGCAACACCCUCCUAGCCACCAUGGACGUUACCAGCCUAUAUACCAACAUCCCACACCAGGAUGGCAUCCAAGCCUGCCGUACAUAUCUACAGGAACAAGAUUACAGCUCAGAAUACAGAACCAAAGAUAUUACUGUCCUUAUACACUUCAUCCUCACACACAACAAUUUCACUUUUGAUAAUCAACACUUCCUCCAGAGGAUGGGAACAGCUAUAGGCACUAAAAUGCCCCACAGUAUGCCAACCCUUUUAUGAGCCACCUGGAAGAAGACUUCCUCAAGAACUGCACCAUCAAACCCUUGCUAUACUUAAGAUACAUCAAUGACAUCUUCAUCAUUUGGACUGAAAACCUGCAAUCUCUGAUUGAGUUCCACCAGAAAUUCAGCAAUCCCCAUCCCUCCAUCCGACUUUCCCUAGAAUACUCCAGCACCAACAUCUCCUUUCUAGACACGAUGAUCAGUAUCCAGAAGGGUAAAAUACAGACCACAGUAUACAAGAAACCCACAGACCAACAUACAUAUCUGCACAGAACCAGCAAUCACCCGAAACACACCAAAAAACCUGUGAUAUACAGCCAAGCCCUCAGAUCCCACCGCAUUUGCACUGAAGAGAGCACCUGGGAUUGCCACCUCACCAAUCUUAAAAAGGCUUUCACCCAGCAAGGACACUCCUCCAGAGAGAGAGAUCGCACGUUUGAAAGAGCCACCCGGAUACCACGUGAAGAACUGCUGCAGUACAGAAGAAAAACACCCACAAAUCGCACACCGUUGGUUAUGACGUAUCACCCCUCCCUCGAACCAGUACGGAAAAUCCUCAAAAAAUUGCAACCCAUACUAGAAAGACCCUAUUCUUAAAAAGAUCUUCCCAGAGCUGCCCAUCCUAGCCUUUAAACAAGCACCGAACCUCGCCAGCUUCAUCACCAGAAGCAAACUUCCUCAAGCCCAGACCACACCAAAAGGAUCCAGACCGUGCCAGGACAAGAAAUGCAAAACCUGCCCCCACAUCUCCAUCGCCCCCACGAUUACUACACCCCACAACAGAGCCAUCAGCAUCCCAGGAUCUCACAGCUGCACCUCCAGGAAUGUGAUAUACCUCAUCCAAUGCACCAAAUGCCCUGAUGGAAAAUACAUGGGGAGACCAAACAACAACUGCGCACCAGAACGAACACAGGGUGAGGAGCUCAGGUAGUCUUCUCCUCAAUCCUUGAGCUCAAGAGGAAGGGUCUUACAGGGAGUGGACGCAUUUUGCAGAGCAGUGCAUGGCUUUGCAGGUGGUGUCACCAGCAGGGCUUUGGCUUCUUCAGCUAUGGGAUGUUGUUCCAGAAGAUGCAUUGGUAGGGAGACUUGGGAUCCACCAGGCGCAGGAGGGAAGGUCACGUUGGCAGAUAAGCUGGCUAACCUAGCGAGGAGGGCUUUAAACUUGGUUUGCCGGGCGAUGGUGACCAAAGCCCUGAGGCACUUAGGGAACUGGGUGACGUGGAGGAAGCACAAGCAGGACGGGGCUGUAGGGGAGGCUCCUUGUUCUUGCUGGGGGUGUAGGGCAAUGGGGGAGUUACCAAAGAGUAAGGGCAGUGGGGGCGUUACCAGGGCUCAAAGAGUUGGUGCUGAAGGGGCUGAGCACAACGGGCACUACAAAGCAUCUCCUUUAGAUGGGCUGCUCUAGGUGCAGAUCAGCGUCUCGCACCCACGCAGCAAUUAGAAAUCGUGCUCCUGCACACCCAUGCCCCCACCCUCCGCCCAUCACCAUUGCACUUCCUCUGUUCCUCUCUUCCUUUCCUUAGUCUCUAAUCUUGAUUUGUUACUUGAUGGCGCUGUCAUUGUGUCCAUCAUCACUGGCGCUGUCUUCAUCGCCCAAGCUGCUUUCCUCUUCGCUGUCCUCAACUUCUUCCUCACCGUCCCUGCUUUCUUCCCCAGGCGAGAGGCUGUGGGGGUGGUGUCCUUAAACAGUCUGUGCCAGUGGACCCUCUGCUACGUGAUCUUUGCCAUCUCUUCACCACCCUCUCCUAUUGCCUUCUGGGAGUGUGUCUGCGGCUUGCUCAGCCCCGUUUUCACACAGGUCUCAACCGAGAGUUUCGUGCGUCGGUAGAUCAGACAGCUUCUGGUCUUGCACAGGGCACUGCUGACAAGAGACAAACCGAUCCCUGGGAGCUGAUGGGCACCACUGCUGUUCGGUCCGGUGCCCGUACAGCGCUGCCUCUCUGCUCUACGGCACAACCACAGACGAUGGCCAAUGGUUUCUGCUUUCCAGAGGCAGGUUUCUCUGGGGCAGCAGGGUUGGCUUCUCCGCCAGACUCUGGUCUCCGGGUGGGUCACCGCUGAGUACGGAUGUUCAAAGCAGGACCUGGUUCACCAACAAGGCUGAGACUGGGGAUGUUCAUGAGUUAACCCCUUCAUGGCAUCCCAAAUGGGCCUAGCCUCUGGAUGAACCAACACAGGAUUGAACCCAUUGUUCCUGAUGCUUGAGCAUCUAAUUUGAAUCCUGCUCCAACAUGCAUCCAUUAAUACAUCAAUGUUGCCUAGUAUUGCUCUCCAACUGAGGGAUAAUAAAGCAUCAGAGAGGAGGAGGAGGAUCUGCCCCUCUGCAUUGCUUGGGGUUCAGGAAGGGAGAGGAUCCCCAAGACACCUAAAUACCAUGGCAAUGUCUGGUGGGGCACUGGGGGCAGGACCUGGCCCAGUGUCCCUGCCCGACUACGCUUCAACAAGGCCGGGCUCAGGCUGCUUUGUGACGCGUGUCCUCUUUGCCAUCACAUUGCCGUGACGAUGGUGCUGGAGCAGAGAUAAAAGCAGAGCAGAGGAUUUUAUAUUUGACUAACACAGAGCUUGGAUGCUGGAAUGAAAUUUUAAAUGAGGGGUCCAGCCAUUGACCACGAACUUGGAAAAAACUCAGUUUAAGCAGAAGUCUGGGGACAGAAGGAUUAACAUUUUAUCUUUUGUAUGUUAGGAGCUCAUCUGACUCCCAUUACCAUUGCACCCACGUGCCUUACAGCCUACGGUGGAUAUAUCUUCACAACCUCCCUGUGAGGUAGAGAAGGAUCAUUCCCACUCACGGUCAGCGCACUGAGGCACAGAGGGACCAAAGGAUGUGCCCAAGGUCAGCAGGGCAGGCUGUGGCAGAGGGUGGAACGAAGCUCAGCUUUCCAAAGUCCUUAGGUAACCGGUGACUGUGUUACCUCUCGGUAGAGUUUUUGUCUCCUCUCCUUUAUAUGAAAUCCAGGAGUAACCAAACGCAUGAAAUAGGCACCAGAAAGAUAAGACUGAGGGCCAAUGUUUCUAUGAUGAGGAAUAUGAAUGAUCGGAUAAUUGCUUUAAAAAAUUAGGGAAAAAGCCUGCAUGCAUUUCUCUUUCAUACACCUCACUGCAGGAUCACCAUGCAAUACAGCACAGCUUUGCUCCCCAAAGACCAAAAACUCAUCGAUCUUUCUGCCUGCAAAACAAUACAAUUUAAGUCUUUUCAAA